AUGCCAGCGCGUAACAAGGAAUCGGAGUCUACUGCUGUGCGCGAGUUCAAUAACAUUCCCGCACGAUCACGAGAGCAACGUGAAGCAGUUUGUGACAAGGAACAAUGGGAAAAGGAGCGACUUCGUGCGCGUAGAGAAGGUUUCGUACGUGUGGACACGUCUGCUGCCGGUAGUGCCAUGUUGGUGUACACACCUCAGAGUCAGGGGUUCAUGAGCGACGCCGACCGUUUCCACUCGGACACUGCAGGUGAGGAACGAGCUGCAAGAGAGGGAACACGUGCGCGUGCCCGGAUGCAACAAGAUCGACGUCGUCGUGAGGCUGUAAACCGAGAUGUGCGACGCUGGGACGCAAUGGAUGCCGCCGCCGCCGAGGAUAAACGUCGUGGGGAGGCUUUACGCGCGUCGGGCUCCAAAGCUCGACGCAACAAAGGUGGCGAGCCAUUCAAUUUGAUUACUCUGAAAUACAACGAUGGGAAGGAUGGACAGCGAUUGCAAGCUGCGGAUGCUGCGAUCAAGCAACGUGCCAUGUUGCGAGCGCAGAAUCUGCAGUACCACAACUCACGCGAAGGGAUCAACCCUAUCACAGGCGAAUCAGCACGACGUGUUCAAACAAGAGACUUGCUGCCACCCCCACAGUAG